AGGUUAACAAGCUUCGAACUCCACACAGCGCCGCAGGAACGCUACUUAACUAUCGCAAUUGCGCCACCGGCGAUUCCGGCAGACUCCUUUUCUCAAAUUAUAACAGAUACAUGGUCAAUUGACCGGAGUUUGCAAUGCAGAAGUGCCGCGCCGUCCAGAGCGUCUUGGGCUCGCGGGCAGCUGUAACCACCCCGCUGCCACCAGUUCGAGCUCAACCUCACAUCCAGCGGCGAAAUAUACAAGAUGUCUACAUCACCCGAACAGGAACUCCAAUUCUUAAGGUUCAGGGCGGACGCUCGUCUCUUGGAGGACAUACUGCUACAGUCUUCGGAGCUACGGGUUUCUUGGGUCGUUAUAUUGUGAACAGGCUUGCUAGUCAAGGGUGUACCGUGAUCGUCCCUUACCGAGAGGAAAUGGCCAAGCGCCAUUUAAAGGUUACUGGUGAUUUGGGAAGAGUUGUCUUCAUGGAAUACGAUCUUCGAAAUACACAAUCCAUUGAGGAGAGUGUACGCCAUUCUGACGUCGUCUAUAACCUCGUUGGCAGAAAAUAUCCGACAAAGAACUUUUCGUACGAAGAUGUGCAUGUCGACGGCUUAGCGAGAAUUGCGGAAGCUACCGCUAAAUAUGAUGUUGACCGCUUCAUCCACGUUUCUUCAUACAACGCGGAUAUGAAUUCUCCUUCUGAAUUUUUCCGAACCAAAGCUCAAGGCGAGAAGCUAGCUAGAAUGUUAUUCCCGGAAACAACUAUCGUCAGACCAGCGCCGAUGUUUGGGUUCGAGGAUAACCUUCUUCACAAGCUAGCCGGCAUUACCAACCUGUUUACUUCCAAUCACAUGCGGGAGAGAUAUUGGCCAGUCCAUGCUAUUGACGUUGGCCAUGCUCUUGAGAAAAUGCUGUUCACCGAUUCAUCCGUAGGCCAGACAUACGAGCUGUACGGACCAAAAAACUACUCAACUGCCGAAAUUGCCGAACUUGUCGACCGUGAAAUCAUAAAAAGGCGUAGACAUCUCAAUGUACCCAAACGCAUCAUGAAACCAGCAGCGCAAUGGGCCAACAAACUCCUCUGGUGGCCUACGAUAUCAGCAGAUGAGGUAGAGAUGGAGUUCAUCGACCAGAAGAUCGACCAAUCUGCCAAAACUUUCAAAGAUCUAGAUAUUGAACCUGCUGAAAUCGCAAAUCUGACCUUCUAUUACUUGCGAGGUUACCGAAGCUCCCAGUACUCUGACCUCCCUCCAGCUACAGAACGAGAGAGAAUGGAAGACAAGAAAUAUGUGCACGUCCUCGACAACCAGUAGACCAUUGAUACAUUUCCCUAAAUCAUGUAUAUACUCGUAUCUCACUAGACACAAAUCAACUUCAGUUUUCUUUUGUUUUAAUCGCAUGCUAUGUGGUAAACGAUCCAAGGCCUAGCGGUUUGAAAUCUAGAGACCAAGCGCAGAAUUGUUUGAAUAGAAGUUAGUAUAGUCAAAUAUUCAUACAUAGGUAAUGUGCUAAUAAAUACAUUUAUUAUAAUCCCAGAA